AUGCGGCUUCACCUGCCGCGGGAAUUCUGCGAGCUCCCCCAUGCGCCUUUCCCGCCGGGCACGCCUCCGUAUCCAACAAGGGACCAGUUCAUCGCCUACCUAGACGGCUACGCGCGAGCCUUCGCCGUGGAACCCCUCCUCGGCGCGCGCGUCCGGGCUGCCGCCUACGACGCCGGCAUCGGCUUCUGGAGGGUCACCGUCGAAGUCUCCUGCGCCGCCGCCGGCAAAGACUCUAUGACAACGACGGCGACGGAGUUCAUGUCGCGCUGGCUCGUAGUGGCCACCGGCGAGAACGCGGAGCCUGUGUGGCCUGACGGUGUGGAGGGAAUGGACGUCUACCGCGGCACGGUGAUGCACACGAGCACCUACAAGAGAGGGGACGAGUUCACGGGAAAGAAGGUGCUCGUUGUUGGCUGCGGCAACUCUGGCAUGGAGGUCAGCCUCGACCUCUGCGACAAUGGCGCAAAGGCAUCCAUGGUUGUCAGGGACAAGCUUCAUGUGUUGCCUAGGGAUAUACUAGGCAUCUCAACAUUUGGCCUCUCAGUAUUCCUUCUCAAGUGGUUGCCCAUGAAAUGGGUUGAUGCCUUGUUCCUCUUCUUCUCGAGGUUGAUACUUGGAGACACUGAAAAAUACGGGCUCCAACGACCUAAGAUUGGCCCGCUCCAAAUCAAGAAAUCAACCGGGAAAACACCAGUGCUUGACAUUGGAGCUUUGAGAAAGAUCGGGGAUGGCGACAUAAAGGUGGUCCCCGCAAUAAACCGGUUCACCGAGAGCGGUGUUGAAUUUGCCGACGGACGUAAGGAGGACUUCGAUGCUGUCAUCCUCGCCACCGGGUACAAAAGCAACGUGCCAUCAUGGCUCAAGGUACGUACAUACGCGAACGUGCAUGUACAGUCCUACUUAUUAGCAUCAUGCAUACUGUCGUGA